GGAGUUUCAGAGGAGACCGGGAUGAAAUGAGAAAGAUCUGAGGGCUGUUUGCCGUCAAGAAUAUUCUUGUGAAGAUUUAGGACGGGAGGCGUAAACUUAUUGACUUCUUUGGCUUCGACAUCGAGAUGAGGGAGGCGACAGAAUAUGGAUUGGGAUUAAGAUUUGUGGGAUUUUGAGACGUUUCACUGCAGUUUUCAGGUGUAGAAUAAUAUUUGUACGUAAACCAAACGUAUACACACGGAUUACGUCUCAAAAUCUGUUUUGGAGGACGUUGAAAAAGCGUGUCAACUGUAGUCUUGUCCCUGCCACUCUGAAGAGGAAAAACUGCUGGGACCUGCAAUUUCACUUCUGGCGUCAAAUUAGAAAUUUAUCGCAGCCAAUCAUUUCUGACACACUGUGCCGUACGACUCCUCGGGAGAAAAUAACAGCCGACGGCUCUGCUUACAGACCUGAGGAUCUGAAAUAUUAAAAGCCGUGAAUGAUGCAAUUAACGAUUAAUGGAAAAUUAAGGAGCCCUCAUCAGUAUGCGAAGACUGCCGGUGUUCAAUUGGAAAUCCACGGGGUUGAGUUAAAAGACUGACGUGACUGACAGCGGCUCCAGGUUUGACGUGUGCUACCACAAAGUAUAUCCUGUGGAUUACAGUGAAUGCUUCAGGCUGAUGUUUUCCCUCUUCUUUCAUUUCUCCUUGUUUCGAAGAGCAUCCUAAAGGUAAAUUUAUUGACAUAUCGAGUGUUGCGUUGACCUUAGCGAAUCAUAAUUGGCCCCUGGGGUCAAUCUAUACCAUACGAGUGUUUGCUCUUAUGGAUCUCCAAAUCAUCUGUCCCGUUUGAUUGAACAAUCAGUUGCAUUGUCAUCUUGUCUCUGCUUCAGCAUGGUCCCGCCUCCCCCGUCCAACAAGCCACACGUUUGCCUUUCGUGUGUGCUGAUCGUGAGCAGCAUGGCGCUACUUGACGCCUACCUAGUGGAGCAAAAUCAGGGUCCGAGGAAAGUGGGUGUCUGCAUCAUGGUGCUGGUGGGGGACGUUUGUUUCCUCAUCGUCCUCCGAUACAUAGCGGUCUGGGUGGGCGCGGAGGUCCGUACGGCUAAGCGCGGCUACGCCAUGAUCCUCUGGUUCUUCUACGUCUUCGUGCUGGAGAUCAAGGUCUACUUCAUUUACCAGAACUACAAGGCAGAAGGCGACAGGGCGGACGCCCUCACCUGCAAGGCUUUAACGGUGCUGCUCUCCGUUUUCGUGCCGGGCCUUUACGUCACCCUGGCCGCCAUCGACCACAUGGAAUAUGUCCGGCCCAUCAAGAAGAGAGAGGAGCUGAGGAGCCGGUUGUUCUGGGUCGUGGUGGACCUUCUGGACAUUUUGGAUAUUCAAGCCAGCCUAUGGGAGCCGCAGAGGAAAGGGCUCCCCCUAUGGGUAGAAGGUCUUACUUUUUUCUACUGCUACAUACUGUUGCUCAUACUUCCCUGCGUGUCGCUGAGCGAAAUUAGCAUGCAGGGGGUGAACAUUGUGCCGCACAAGAUGUUGCUGUAUCCCAUUCUCAGUUUAGCGGCUAUCAACAUUAUUACGCUGUUUAUACGAGGUGGAAAUAUGGUGUUUUAUAGGGACGUACGAGCAUCUGGGAUACUCAUGGGUAAGAACGUCCUAGCAAUUGUUUUGAAGACGUGCAGCUUUGUGCAGUACCGGAGCCAUCUGCAGGAACCACCGGCGGCCGCUCUCGCGCCAGAGUUGCAAAGGGAUGCGGCGCCACAAGGUUCAAGAGGGGCGGUGCCUGUUGUAAUGUCCAUGCCGGUUACCAUGAAAACACCGCAGGUAGUCAUACAAGAUCUUACUACGCUCCCAGAAGAACCUGAACUUGAAGACACAUGACAAGAAAAGUCCAGCUGGGCAAUACCAGAGGCGACCUACUCCUAAUGUAUAUAAGUGAGAUAAACGCUUGUUUGAUGAGAUGAGAAACACUUUUGUGAGAUAAAGAAACUGUAGUCAUGGGGUCCAUAAAAACUUGAGAAUAAAAGUAUUGUUCGCGGCAGCUGAAACGGAAAACCAUUAGUUGUCGUGGCAGGAAUUAAUUUGGAGAAAAUCACACUUCACAGGAACUCAAUGACCCCACGAUUGUAUCAUCAUGGAUAACUGUGAAUAAUUUAUUUUCUGUUCUUCCCGUAGGUGUUAAAAAUGUGUUUUCAUCACGUUCUGCAUAUAUUUUAUUCGGUGAAAGUGGUGAAAUGAUGUGUUUUAUACAACCUGGCAGAAACGCCAUUCAAUUUACUCAACCUGUUCAAAAAAACUGAAUGUUUUAUAUUCAAUGGAUGUUCCGCUCAUGUGUUCUGUUUUGAUGUUUUAUCAGAUUCAGACUGACGAUAUUUUGUUAUUAAACCUGUUUUUGUUUUUA